AUGGAAUUGCACAAAGCACCUGUCCUCCAAAUACUGUCUAUCCGACUAGGUCCACAUUGUCCUACCGAUGCUGAUGUCGGGGAGUGGGUUGAAAACGCUGUUAAUCGUGGCGUGAGAGAGCUAUUUUUCACGCUACAAUGGUCCGCAGAUCCAACCAGAUUGCCUAAGAGCCUUAACACAUGCAAAACUCUCUUGCAUCUAAGACUCUCCCACAAGAUCCUAGUGGAUUUUCCUACUUCUUCUUGCCUCCCUUCCCUGGAAAGACUCCAACUUUACUAUGUGGUGUAUAAAGACGAGGCUUCUCUAGUUGCGCUCUUAUCUAGCUGCCCCGUUCUUGAGUUACUGUAUGUGAUGCGUAAUGAGGAUGACAACGUUGCCAAGUUUAGUGUGAAAGUGCCUUGUUUACGGGUCUUAUUGUAUUUUAAUGCCAUGUCACCAGAUGAGAAUGAUGUAGUAGAUCCCGGUAGGUCUUUAGUUGUGGAUACUCCUGCAUUAAAACACUUUUACAUUGGUGACCAUUCAGGAGACUCUUGGUCGAUCAAGAGUAUGCAUUGUCUCCAGGAUGUUUUUAUUAUUGGUCAGAGCUUCCAUGAUAUGAGCAAGUUGUUAAGAUCUGCUUCUGCGGUCUCGUAUCUUGGUUUGCAUUUGACAGAUGAAUUGGCUGUGUAUUGUAGCACCAUCGAAUUCCCACAGCUGAUACAGUGUACCAUAUCACCAUGCAACUCAAACUGGAUGGAUUCACUCAUUCUUUUUCUUGGAAAUACUCCUAAACUAAAAGAACUUACUGUUGACUAUAGUUUAACCUAUGAACCUCCUGUCGCCUCUGCUUCAUGGAUGCUACGGUUCCCUGAUCCGGAAUGCUUGUCAUCAAGUCUGAAGAAGUUUGAGCUGAAAGACUAUGUAGGAAAAAAGAAGAGAAAGAAUUGGUGGAGUACAUCCUAG